AUGGAGAUCUGCCUGCGGGGCCUGACCAAGGAACCAACGCUGAAGCCGUUAGACGAGGACGUGCUCUGGAACCUGCAGUUUGCAGCCCUGUUUGUCACUUGCACAUCUAAAUUCGUACUUUGGAAUGAUGAUCAGAAAUUGCAACUGCUGAGAAAAAAUAUUGGCAAGCAUUACCAUUAUGAUCCUCCAUCGAUCAUCAUUGUUGAAGGAAUUUCUGUUUCUCUUCAUAUAGGAUACAUAUAUGUGAUUCUCAUGUGA